AUGACCGAGUUUCACAUGGUGCUUUUGGGAGGCUGGGCUGUGUUCGGGCUGCUGCUGCAGCUGAACUUCAGGAAAUUGUGUCAGCUGGAUCUGGGUCAGUGUUGCUGUGCGGUCACAGCAGUAAAGAGGUGCCCUGAUGUGUUUGUAUCAGUGCAGUGUCCAUUGAGCUGGGGUUCACUCGGGAUAGUGUGCAGGUAUUUUAACUUAGGGAUCCUGCCCCGCGCUGGUUGUAGGCUGCUCUCAGGGAAGGUCAGGGAUGCGCCGUUGCUCACUGUGGGUGUUUCUCUUUCAGAGGAGAAUGAGAAGCAUGAGAAGCUCUGCGUGGAGAGGGAGCAGGAGCAGAAGAAGGCGGGCAAGGCCAGCGUGCCCCGGGCCAACAGCGCCCUGUCCCCAGAGGCGCCCGCCGACGACAUGAAACCCAUCGAGCUCAAGAAGAGAAUUGGAGGGGUUGGGACCAGGGAAGUACAUAAUAAAUUGGAGAAGAACAGACGUGCUCAUUUGAAAGAGUGCUUUGAGACAUUAAAGCGCAACAUCCCCAACGUGGAUGACAAGAAGACCUCAAACCUCAGCGUCCUCAGGAGUGCCUUGCGAUACAUCCAGACUUUAAAGAGGAAGGAAAAAGAAUACGAACACGAGAUGGAGCGGCUGGCGAGGGAGAAGAUCGCUACGCAGCAGCGGCUGGCAGAACUGAAGAACGAGCUGAGCCAGUGGAUGGAUGUCUUGGAGAUUGACAGAAUCAUUCGGCAGACAGUUCAGCCAGAGGAUGACCAGGCAUCUACCUCGACAGCAUCAGAGGGUGAAGACAACAUGGAUGAAGAUAUGGAGGAUGACAGGCCAGUGAACUCGUUACCAAAACUCACCCAGCGCCAGCACCCGGAGCUGCUGAAAGCCGUCCCCCCCAGUGCCGCUCCCCCCCUGCCCGCGGUCCUGCCCCCGCACGUGUCCAUCCAGCAGAAGCCCCACGCCCAGCCCUCCCUGCAGCCGCAGGCACUGGUGCCGCCGCAGGCCAUCGUCCCCGCACAGACUCACAUCGUGGCGGCCUCGACCGUGCAAUCGACUGUUAUCGCCCACACGGCCACCACCCACGCCUCGGUCAUCCAGACUGUCAACCACGUCAUUCAGGGGCCACAGACCAAGCACAUUGCUCACAUUGCACCUUCCACGUCCAGCCCCGUGCAACUCACCACUGCUGCUCAGCCCAUCGGCCACAUCACUGUGCACCCGGCCACCAUCAACCACAUGGCCCACCUGGGCCCGCAGCUGCCCAUCUACCCCCAGCCCGUGGCCGUCAGCCAGCCCGUGGUGAGCCACAUCGCUCACACCAUCUCGCACCAGCAAGUGAACGGCACGGCGGGCCUGGGCCAGCCGGCCGUGAUGGCCAAGCCGGCCGUGGGAACCCAGGUCAUGCAUCACCCGCAGCUGGUGGGCCAGACGGUCCUAAACCCCGUGACUAUGGUGACCAUGCCGUCGUUCCCGGUGAGCACGCUGAAGCUGGCCUAGAGGGGACGCUCCACGGCGAGCUCUUGUUGGGAACCUUUCCUAAGGAAACUCCGUACAUUCCAACCACGCCCGGCCCGCGGGAGGAGGCGCGGAACGCCCAGGGCGGCGGGGCCGGGUUGUGCGGGUGCCCGGGCUGUCCCCGGUGCCCAGCCUGUCCCUGUGC